AGCGUAGUAUAACGUGGUUGCCAGAUUUGAUCUUAUUCUACGGGUUUGGCUAUUUGUGCACGUUGGAAUGAUAACGUUCGCUUCUCACUGGUGGAUAAAUUUCUGUAAGAUAUUUACUUUGAACUGGUUCGUGUACUGAACUGAGCGGGUUUUGACCAGUUUAUGGAUAAGAAAUAGCAGAUAAUUUUGGCAACCCUGACAGCAGGCAGCGAUGUGCCAGCUGAAGUCCUGUGAAUAAACACACGGUGUGUGUAGGACGUUUAACUCAGUCCUGUGAAUGACAUUUUACUGAAGAAGACUAGGAGAGCUAUGGGCGAGCCGUGAAUCACUACAUUUCCUUACGGACUGAAGAGGAUGGGAGCAGUAGCCAGGCACUGGAGAUGUCAUUCGGUCGGCUCCUGCGACGCGCUUCAUCCAAAGCCUCUGACCUCUUGACCUUCAAUGCGGGUUCGGCAGGUUCACGGUCUGUGCAGGAUGGGGAGAUCAUCUUCUCCAAGAACAACGUGUGUGUGCACCCAGCUGAGGCUGUGCCUGGUCUGCCUGAGCAUCACCCAGGUUAUCUGUGUGUUCACCUGGAGAAGGACGAGACUCUGGGCUCUACUCUCAUCCUCACCUGGGUGCCCAACUCACGUAUUCAGAGGCAGGAUGAAGAGGCCUUGCGCUACAUCACGCCUGAGAGCUCACCUGUGCGGCGCAACCACCGCCGCCGCCGUGCCCGCCUAACCCAGCCACGCCCUCAGCCUGCACAUGAAGAAGAUGAGGAAGAGGAGGAGGCUCCCGAAUCAGGUCUGCAGCAGCAGGAAGAAGGCGAUGAAGGCUCUUGCGAGCUGUCGGCCGACGAGGUGAGCCGCGACAGUACGCUGGGCUCUGACUCGGAUACCUUCUCGUCACCAUUCUGCCUGUCUCCUGUUAGCGAGGCGUUGGCCGAGAGCACCAGCUCUGUCUUUCUGGACAGUGAGAGCAGGGAGAUGUGUGAUGAGUCCAUGACUCACUCUGCAAGCUCCACCUCCAGUUUGGACAGCCAUGCCCUUUCAGAGAGCAGUCAGUCUCAGGGCCUGAGAUGGGAGGAGCAGCAAAAGGUCCUGGCUGUAGAACAACUGUGUGGAGUUUUCCGGGUGGACCUGGGACACAUGCGGUCCCUGCGGCUUUUUUUCAGUGAUGAGGCCUGCACAAGCGGUCAGUUAGUCAUAGCCAGCAGAGAGAGUCAAUACAAGAUCCUGCACUUCCACCAUGCUGGUCUGGACAAACUGGCCGAAGUCUUUCAGCAGUGGAAAUGCUGCAGGGAGACACAGCUCAAGGACCAGGUGGCGGAUGAGAAGUCAUGCAUGCAGUUCUCCAUUCGCAGACCCACUCUUCCCUCCACGGAGACUCACCCGGAGGAGCGUCUCUACCGGAGACUGGACGUCAGCUCCUGGCUGCGGCACCUGAACCACAACGGUCAAGUGGAGGAGGAGUACAAGCUCAGGAAGGCGAUCUUUUUCGGGGGACUUGACCCGUCCAUCCGCGGGGAGGUGUGGCCUUUCCUGCUGCACUACUACAGCUACGACUCCAGCUCAGAGGAGCGUGAGGCCUGGAGGCUUCAGAAACGCACUGAGUACCAGGAGAUCCAGCAGAGGAGGUUGUCGAUGAGCCCUGAGGAGCACAGUGAGUUCUGGAGGAAAGUGCAGUUUACAGUGGAUAAGGAUGUGGUAAGGACUGAUAGGAGCAACAUGUUCUUCAGAGGAGAGAACAACCCUAACGUAGAGAUCAUGAGACGUAUUCUCUUGAACUAUGCGGUUUAUAACCCCGAUAUGGGCUACUGCCAGGGAAUGUCUGAUCUGGUGGCUCCGCUCUUGACCGAGAUCCAGGACGAGAGCGACACAUUCUGGUGCUUCGUAGGCCUGAUGGAGAACACAAUCUUCAUCAGCUCGCCCCGAGAUGAGGACAUGGAGCAGCAGCUGAUGUAUCUGCGAGAGCUCUUGCGCUUAAUGCUCCCACGGUUCCACCAGCACCUGAUGCGACUCGGUGAGGACGGCCUUCAACUCCUGUUCUGUCAUCGCUGGGUUCUGCUCUGCUUCAAGCGCGAGUUUCCUGACACAGAGGCACUGCGCAUGUGGGAGGCCUGCUGGGCUCACUACCAGACUGAUUACUUCCACCUCUUCCUGUGCGUGGCCAUCAUUGUCCUCUACGGUGAUGAUGUCACAGAGCAACAGCUGGCAACAGAUCAGAUGCUGCUGCACUUUAGCAACCUCUCCAUGCACAUGAAUGGAGAACUGGUGCUGAGGAAGGCACGGAGCCUUCUCUAUCAGUUCCGGCUGCUUCCCAGGAUCCCUUGUAGUCUUCAUGACCUGUGUAAACUGUGCGGACCCGGCAUGUGGGACAGCCGUUACAUUCCCGCCGUAGAAUGUUCCGGAGAACAUCCGGACUCUCAGAGCUGCCCCUAUGGAGGCAUGGCCACACCACAACCCCUGCCAUCUCCGAGUCAGCCUAACAAGGGCAAGCGAGGCUCGAAAAAACGGGACAUCUUUAACUUUCACAAGCAGCCUUGACUCUAGGCUACAAGCUACAGUACACUUUACAGAAUGCCUAGCUCCUGAGGUGCCAUUCAACAGGUAGAUGGGUGAAUGAAGAUCGCAGUGUAAUUAUUAGUCAUAUUCGAGAUAUUUAUUUAAAAGGAUCACUGCCUACUCCAAACACAUAUUUAUGUGUAAUAGAUGUCAGAGUCAGCGUUGACGAGAAGACUUCACUCGCUUUUCCAACGCCGUGAAGAGACCCGACGAUCAGUGCUGGAUUAAACUGCAUCGAAUACAUUUCAGGAUUCAUAAGAAACUCAUAAAAAGGAUUGAUCGUGACAUUUGUAAUUUGACAAAUCAAAUAUAUUGUUACUCUUUCAUUUUUUGUUUGUUUGUUUUUUUUUUUUUUUUUUUUUUAGAUUUAAUUGAAAAAAAUUGUAUUUUGAGUUUAAUUUAUUAUUUGGUUUCUGCGACUAGUUAUCUCACUGCAGUAAGUGGAACAAUCUGUCCAGUCAAACUACAGCUGAGAUACAGAAAGAUAAGCUUCAUGAUACAAAAAAGAAAAACUCUUUUAGCUGAUUCAUACCUCAGUAUAUAUGGGCAUACAGAGACUAUAGAUAGACACACAAUAGGAUAUAUAAUAAUAAGUUACGUGUUUUUGGUUAACAAAGCAAUAUAUAUCAGUUUUUUGAGGAUAUCGGUGGACAUUUUAUCACUAAACACAUGAGCAAUACUUCCUGUUAUUAACAGACGAUCGUGCAUGCUUUUGUCUUUCAUUAAGCAGCUCUCAGAGAUUUGGCUGGAUACGAUGUUAAGUCAAUCCCACCGUAGUGCCGUCAGUUCUGUGCUUGGAUGUCUGUGCCAUUGCCUCGCCUCGCCUCAUGUGUUAAAAUCACGGCUGCGGCAGAAGGUCUUAAUCCGCACCAUAAUGCCUCUCUGUGCCGCAUGGGAGGAAAGAGCUCCGGUCCAAACCCAAGUGGGACUUUGUCUAUAAUUACUUAAUCUGGUGACGUUAAGCCGCUGGAUGGAUGGAUGGCGUUCGAGGUUGUGCGUCUUUCGAUCACUAGGUUAGUGGGCUGUAGAUGGCCCACAACUUAAAGGUUCCCCAGAGUCUGUUUGAGAGCAGCUCGGAGAGCAGAGAGCCGCAAAUUGCCGUUAAAAGGCAACAUUAUUCUGUGGGAGCCGAGCUCAGCCUCUCCACAUGCAGCCGCCAUAAAUGCAAUGCAUUAUGGACCCUUUUUAAACCAUUAGGCAUUUGAAAAGGUUUCUCAGAUAUCCAGGAAGGCCAAAGGGACGUUAGUAUGGUUGGGAUAUAAUUGGAAGAUGACAGUGAAAGGCUUAUAUAUUUUGUUGUGUGUGUGUGUGUGUGUGUGUGUAUGGUUUUGGUUGUAUGAUAGCAGUCUAGCCUACUUUGUCAUGCCUUUUUUUUAAGCUUAAACUUUACCAUAUACACUCAAAGGUGGAGAAAUGAUAAAAUCCAUCAUCAACUGGAGUGGAAGCUUCAAUAUGCUGCCCAAAGUCCACAUUUUUAGUGUGUAGAAGCCAAGACUAACAAGUGGUAGCUAACAUAUAACAUUUAGUACAGAUUAAGGGAAAUGAACGAGUAAAUAAAUUCCCAGCAUGAGGGACAACUAUGUAGCCGUAGUGCUGAACUUUACUGAUUUUUGAUGUAGCACAUCGUGUUUGGACCUCACACAAGAGUUCAGAUUUGGUGAAAGUCAGCCAUAGCUGUCGUCACAUCACAGGCAAAAUGUUAUUCAAGUCUGCUUAGUGUUUAUUUUCUCAGCAUACGUAUAUUUAAAUGUAAGGUGUGCAUGUUGCACUAGCAGGAGAGUUAUAUAACAGCUUUGCGCUGCAUUUUAAGUUUGCUCGGUUUCCACAUACCUGUGUAUUCCUGAUUCAUUAUGUCUUCAGUCUCUUAUCAGUGCACGCUAAUUAAUUCAUAUAGAAAGCACAGAGUAAAAGGCGCUCGUUGUGAAUCCCUCCACAGCAGCUAAGCCAGAUUAUGUAUAAGUACAGCAUCCAGAUGUGUUUUGUUGCUGUGACACGCAUUACAUUUAGGCAUGAAUCUUGUGGUUUAAAAUUAAUGAGAUCUUUUGUAGAGUUUGAAGUUUUAUUAAAAAAAAAAUAAAUAAAAUAAAAAAUAAAAAGAGGAAUAUAAAGGAUUAUCCAGGUACCUGGGGAAAUAUCUUGUCUACCACCAAUGCAGUAUUUUCAUUGUGACGAUACACAUAGUUGACAUUUUUAUUUCUAAUGCUAACAUUUCAGUAGAGUCAGGUAAAGCCAGACGUACAGGUUUACUAGCUGCUCGGUCACAUGAUUUCCUCAUAUAUGGUCAGCCACAUAAAGAGUAGAGAGGUGUGGACAUCCACAGCCAUUUAAUAAUACUGGUCAAACCUGACACCUUUUUGAUCCUGUUCUUGUUCUGGUACAUGAAUUGCUUGUCUUUAUUACACAAAUAGCCAUGCGUGUAAACACACACACACACGUGCACACACACACACACACGCGCGCACACACCUGCCUGCUUGACUUGUGUUCACUUUAAACCGUCAAGACACGCACAUCUGUAGUCUGAUAAAAUGUCAUGUGGCUAUCUGAUCUCUCCGUCAAACCUUGUUUGCUUUCCCUUUGCGUGAGACUCGAGCUGGCUCCUUUGGUCUUCUCCGAGCUGCAGAGAGUAAGAGAGACAGAGUGCUGCGUCCCAUAUGACGCUCAUUAUGCGGAUGAUCGAUUUGAGCCGCUCGCUUUCUGGACAAACAAAUCGCAUUAAUGCACGAUCAAAAGAAUGCACCGAUAAUACAAGACAAAAUAACAAGCCACUUUACAUCCACUCCUGCCAGUAUUCCUGAGCACAUUUCUCCUUUUAUCUGUGAAAAUAAACAUAAUGAGGAUAAUGAGUUGUUUUGGAUCGUAUCAGAAUUGGAGACAUGAGGCAGAAGUUUGAUUGUACACUGUGUCAUUGUUGUCUGUUUUUUUUUUUUUUUUUUUUGCACCACAAGAUCGAGACCUGUCUGAACUCUGUUGCUGAUUAUGUGGUUUAACUGUAAGAAGUGCAGCAGAGAUAGUAGUUUAAAAAGAAAAAAAAAAACAGUUGCUUAAAACCCACAAUGAUUCAUAUCUCAGAAACAGUCACUGUGUGUGCAUGCAGUAGCUUGCAGGUUUUUUUUUUUUUUUUUUUUUUUUUUUUAUAAACCUCACCUUUGCACAUGAUGCAUCAAUCUGAGAUAUUGUACAUUUCCGUCUCCCUAGCCCCCUUGCUCUCCAUCUCGUCAUCUUUCUCUCUCUGCCUCUGUCUGUCUAUCUGUCUGUCUUCCCCCUCAUCUCUUUGAGCAGCAGCAUGGGGGUCGUGCGAGCUCCUGCUGCUGCAGUUGCAUUGCCUGCUGUGCUAUUGGCCCUAAUUAUCAAUUACAGAGACCAGGCAUCCCCACCUGGAGCAGGCUGAGGUGCUAAUAAGCCUGGAUUGCUUUUCCCGUCGUGUGUGUGUGUGUGUGUGUGUGUGUGUGUGUGUGUGUGUGUGUGUGUAGGGCUGGACCAGCCUCACUGCUGAGCUGCUAAUGGAUCCUGCACUGUCACACUCGGAGCAUGUAGUCCUGCAGGCCAAACCUUCCUCGUUAACACACCUCCUCUUGGUGCCUGAUGCUCCACUGCUCAUUUCCGCCAUUACAUUUUCCUAAAGUUUUGCAUCUGUAAUACUACUGUGCUUAACCUGAACGCAGAAAGGCUGAUGCAGAUGAUGGUUUUUCCAGUAUCAUUCGCACAAACCGGUCACACCUGACGUACAGCUUAUAAUUCAAGAGCAUGACCGAUUCUCAGACCCAAGAGGUUUCUAUUCGUCUCAAUACAAUGUCUGAUGUGAUUUCAUACGAACAUGGAACUGACAGUAAAAUAACAUUAGUCCCAAUCUAGAGCCUGCGAAUCUUCACAAUCUUUCAGCUCCUCCUCCCUCUUUUUAUGUGUAAAACAAAACAAUUUAUUAAAACUGCGCAUGUGUAUUUAAGCUCUAUAAAGACAUUUAUUGGGUCGAGUGCCUGAUUGCAUCGUACACUUUCUGUCUCUUGCUGACAGUUUGCAGUAAUCAGAGUUUAAGUUGAGAUCUUUGUGCAGCUUCGCUUCUCAGGAUUCUUCGCUUUCUCACUUUCUUGGAAAUUUGUGUUUAUUAUGCUUAUAUAUGAUCUUUUACAUUUAGAACGACAUGUCACAUAGAAUAAAGUAAGACAUCGGGCUCUUAACUCCCCGACCUCAGAUUUCUGAUUCAAAUGGUAUGUAAAACACGACUGGCAGAGUAACCAAGUCAUUUGUUUAGGACUGUAUUAAGGCUGUUGUAAAUUGUUACACAAACGUGGUCUGCAUUUCCAGAUCGUUCUUCGGUGCAUAGUCGAAUUUGCCUCUGCUUUAUUUGUGGCUGAUGCAGUCUGUAAAAAUCCAAACAGCUGAUUGUGCUGUGUGUGUGUGUGUGUGUGUGUGUGUGUGUGUGUGUGUGUCCUGUGCAUUAGAUCUGUGCAGAAAUCAUAAAGGGGAAAAACUGUAUAAUGAGGGAUUCUAUUUAUUUUUCUAAGAUCCAUUGUAAUGAUGACUGUAGGAUUUAGCAAAAAAAAAAACCCAGAUGAAGAACUGAUGGUUGGUUUAAUGUGACCACCUUAAUAAAAUGUGUCUUGUGUCAUUCUCAAGCAUCUGAUCUUAUCCUCAAAGUGUCUGCAGGCUUCCUCUGUGGAUAAGAUCGGUCUUCUCUGGUGUCAUUUCGUUAGUUUUUUUUUAUACUGCUUAUUUUUCACCAUCAAUUUUUCACAAGUUAACGCCGUCGUCGUCGUUGUCAUCAUUAUUCACCACAAAGCCCAUCGUCCUCGAUCACAACACAAAGCAGAACCUUCUUACGUUUACACCGACGACUCUGAAUGAAGCACGACAGCGUAAUUGUUUGUACUGUGUUACACCACAGGCCUGUGUCCAUAUCAACAACAUUGUCAUUGUCUACAAACAGAGGACACAAACACAAAUGAUUGUUGUCACUUUUGUACCUUAUUUGAACCACAUCAUGUAGAUAUCAUUAUUAUUUUGCAAAUAAAAUGAGGAAUUAUGCA